AAUCGUCUCACGGCUGGUUAUGCCUAUUUUUUGUUCUUUAUGAAAACCACCUUUUUUUGCUCGUAUAGUGUUACGUAAUACUUCUCACGCUUCCCUAACAUAACGUAUAAAAGGUAUAUAAGGGACAGAUUUCUGCAUUUCUCUUCAGUGAAGGUUUUUCGUUCUUUUCUUUUCAUUUUUCUUUAGUGAGAUUAUCCCGAGAGAGGAACAAGAACUAUGUGGUCGUUUCCCGUGUUGCUGCUCGGAGUUUUCUCCCUUCGCUCCCUGGCUGUGCCUAUUAAUUAUGGCACUACUGGUCUUGGUUCUGGCAAAAGCGGCAGUGGUCUCAUGGCGGCAAUGAAUAUGGCAAUGAACGCUGGGAACACGAAUACAAAUGGCGCGGCCAAUCAGAACGCUGCAAAUGGCGCUAAUAAUGGCGGUGCAAAAAAUGGCGGAGGAAAUCCCGUCAGCCCUACUGAACCAAUGGAUGACGCCCUGGAGAUAGCGGCUGCUGCUAGAGCCGCUGCUAAAGCCGCCGGUAAAGCCGCUAACAAUGCGAACGCCGGUAACGCCGGUAACGCCGGUAGCGUUGCGACCCUCAUGGUUCCAUACUACUCCAUGAUGCUAAUGAAUGCAAAUGGCGCUUCUAACAUGGUGACCAACAUGAACGCCAAUGGUAACGGCAUGAAUGGAAAUCUCGUGAACAUGGGUAACAGGCUGGUUGAUAUAAUUCCAAUAGGACAAAAUAACAUUGGUUUUAAUAACAACAACAACAAUAAUAACAACAGGAAUAACAAUGGAUUCGGCAUGACUAUGCUGAAUGCAAUGGGCACCAUGAUGACAGCCAAUGGCGCAGGAAUGAAUGCAGCAAACAUGAACGCCCCAACAAUCGAUGAUAUGAUAAAUGCCGCCAACAUGAAUGCCGGUACAAUGAACGGAAUGAAAGCAGCUGCUAAGAUGGAAGCAGCCAAUAUGAAUGCAGCCAUGAAUGCAGCUAACAUGAAUGCGGCCAUGAAUGCAGCUAACAUGAAUGCGGCCAUGAAUGCAAAUAUGAACGCCGGUAUUAAUGCAGAUAACAUGAACGCCGGUAUGAAUGCAGUCAACAUGAACGCCGGUAUGAAUGCAGCUAACGCCGGUAUGAAUGCAGUCAACAUGAACGCCGGUAUGAAUGCAGCUAACGACGGUAUGAAUGCAGUCAACAUGAACGCCGGUAUGAAUGCAGCCAACAUGGACGCUGGCACCAUGAAUGCAAUGAAAGCAGCUGCUAGAAUGGAAGCAGCAAAUAUGAAUGCGGCCAUGAAUACAGCAAAUAUGAACGCAGCCAUGAAUGCAGCCAAUAUGAACGCGGCAAUGAAUGCAGCUAACAUGAACGCCGGUAUGAAUGCAGCCAACAUGAACGGCGGUAUGAAUGCAGCCACCAUGGACGCCGGCACCAUGAAUGCAAUGAAAGCAGCUGCUAAGAUUGAAGCAGCAAAUAUGAAUGCGGCCAUGAAUGCAGCUAAUAUGAACGCAGCCAUGAAUGCAGCAAAUAUGAACGCAGCAAUGAAUGCAGCUAACAUGAAUGCAGCUAAUAUGAAUGCAGCCGUGAAUGCAGCUAAUAUGAAUACAGCUAACAUGAAUGCUGGCAUGAACGCCGGUGCGAACGCAAACAUGGACGCCGGUACGAUGAACGCUAUGAAAGCAGCUGCUAGAAUGGAAGCCGCGGCCAUGAAUGCUGCAAUGAACGCUGCAAUGAACACUGAUAACAUGAAUGCUGCGAAUAUGAAUGGAGCCAAUAUGAACGCUGGAAUAAAUGCAGGUAAUAUGGGGGUAGCUGAUAUGAAUGCAGCCAAUAUGAAUGCAGCCAUGAAUGGAGCUAAUAUGAAUGCUGGCAUGAACGUCGGGGCAAACGCUAACAUGGACGCUGGUACGAUGAACGCAAUGAAAGCAGCCGCUAGAAUGGAAGCCGCUGCAAUGAAUGCUGCAAUGGACGCUGCAAUGAACGCUGCAAUGAACGCGAAUAACAUGAAUGCAGCAAAUAUGAACGCUGGAAUGAAUGCAGCAAAUAUGAACGCUGGGAUGAAUGCAGCAAAUAUGAACGCUGGGAUGAAUGCAGCAAAUAUGGAGGCAGCAUCUAUGAACGCCAUGAAAGCAGCAGCUAAAAUUGAAGCCGCUAACAUGAAUGCUGCUUUGAACUUGAAUAACAUGAACGUCGCUAGUGCAAAUGGAAAUGGAAUUAGCACGGACCAAAAUGUCGCCAACAUGAACAUGGUCAGUUUCAACCUUAACGAUGGAUUUGCAAACAACAACGGAUUCAAUAACAACAAUGGUUUCGACCGAAACAACAACAAUAAUGGAUUUAGACGAAACAACAACAACAAUAACAACGACCGAUUCAAUAACAACAAUGGUUUCGACCGAAACAACAACAAUAAUGGUUUUGGCCGAAACAACAACAAUAAUGGAUUUGGACGAAACAACAGAAAUAAUAACAAUGGCUUUAAUAGGAACAGCUUGUUCAACACCAAUGGCCUCAAUACAAACGCUGGGAACGCCAUUACGGGUACUAUUGAUGAUAGGAUGGCAGGAGGGCAAAUGAAGUUAGAUGAUAUGCUGAGGAACGCUAAUUCAGGAAAUGCUAUGGUGAUGCUUCCAACCAUGCCCGAUGCCGUAUCUGGUCCCUCUAACAACCGUAUUGUUGAAGGUGGAGCUGGCAUGCCCGGUAUGCCAAGUAUGCCCGGAAUGCCGAGUAUGCCUGGAAUGACGGUACAUGGACCUGACUGUUACCCAAAUGGCAUGCCGAAGGGUGGAGGAAUGCCAAAUGGUGGGGGAAUGCCAAAUGGUGGUGGAAUGCCAAAUGGCGGGGGAAUGCCAAACGGUGGUGGAAUGCAGAACUCUGGAAGAAAAUCAGGCAAAGGAAAGUAUUAGAAAAUGGUGUAGAAUUUUGUUUGCUGCUUGAGUUGUUGACGUGAUGUUUAUAAAUCCGGUAUAUAUGAUGUGCGGUGCUUUUAAAAAGCUGCGGUGCGGUGCUUGAAAAGAUGUGGAUAACCUUCCCAUUCUUGUCGUUUUAUGUUAUAUUUGUUUGUAAUGAUGCAUAAAUAAAUUAAUUUUCAACUA